GAGGAGGGAGGCAGGAUGGGUUUUCCAGCUGAAGCACUUGUUUUUUGUAGGAGUCGGGCACCCUGUAGGUACGAAACCCCAGAAGCUGCUGCGCCUUUGAGGACCCCAAAUGUCGAAAGCAAACAUUUAAAUUUGCACAAGAGUCGAGGGGAGAAGCAGGAUGGCGUUUGGGGUGCCCACUUCAGCAGGGGGAUGUGUCGCCAGGGGAUUUUGGCAUCCCUGCCCACCCCUGCAUGUGCGACGGUGCAGAGGUGCGGUGUGGCAAUGACGUCCUCGGGGCACGGCGAGCCCCCCGUGUCCCCUGCCUGCGUGGCAGUGGCAGGGUGGCCGUGGCGCCUGCCGGGGUUUGUGGUCCGACCGCUGCCUGCCGUGAGCGUGGCUCGUUUGCCAGCGGCCGAGCUGAGCUGGGAGGCAUUGCUGCUCCGGAGGUUUCAGAGUACAUUAGUCAUAGCAGAACACAACAAUGAGACUCUUACACCCAUUACACUAAAUACUAUCACUGCAGCAAAACGUCUUGGAGGUGAAGUUUCUUGUUUAGUAGCUGGUACCAGCUGUGACAAGGUAGCACAAGAAGUCAGCAAAGUGCAGGGUGUUGCAAAAGUUCUAGUGGCUCAGCAUGAUGUGUACAAGGGAUUUCUAGCAGAGGAGUUGACUCCCUUGAUUUUGGAAACUCAUAAAAAAUUCAAUUACACCCACAUUUGCGCUGGAGCAUCUGCCUUUGGGAAGAAUCUUAUUCCCAGAGUGGCUGGCAAACUUGAUGUUGCCCCUGUUUCUGACAUUAUUGAAAUUAAGUCACCAGACACUUUUGUGAGAACUAUCUAUGCAGGAAAUAUUCUUUGCACUGUGCAAUGUGAUGAAGCGAUUAAAAUAUUUACUGUACGAGGAACUUCUUUUGAGGCAGCACCAACAAGUGGUGGUAGUGCCAGUUUAGAAAAGUUAACCCCUCCGCCGCCUGUUGGUAUCUCUGAAUGGAUUGAGCAGAAGUUGACAAAAAGUGAUCGACCAGAGCUUACUAGUGCAAAAGUGGUUGUAUCAGGCGGGAGAGGCUUGAAGAGCGGUGAAAAUUUUAAGUUGUUAUAUGAUCUUGCGGAUCAGUUGCAUGCUGCAGUUGGAGCUUCCCGUGCAGCUGUUGAUGCUGGCUUUGUUCCUAAUGACAUGCAAGUUGGACAGACGGGCAAAAUAGUAGCACCAGAACUUUAUAUUGCCGUGGGAAUAUCUGGAGCAAUUCAACACUUGGCUGGAAUGAAAGACAGCAAGACCAUUGUUGCCAUUAACAAGGAUCCAGAAGCUCCAAUUUUCCAAGUGGCAGACUACGGACUGGUGGCAGACUUAUUUCAGGCGGUGCCGGAGAUGACAGAGCUCCUGAAGAAGAAGUGAGUGAUGGCGAUGGACCCUGCACUGCACCCGGGGUGUGGAAUAAGGGCAAAUAAAGGAUUGGCCUGGAAA